AUGAGUGAAGGUAGCGUCGAUGUACAUGAGUUGGAAAAAUUGAGAAAUGAAGAAACUGAACAAAAUAAAUCGAUAAAAGAAGAGGUUCAGGCGGCUAAGUAUCGGUUCCUGCUCGAGCCGGCCUUGGCGGGUGCCAUGAUAGCAAUUAAUUUGGGUCAGACUUCAAUACAAAAUUUCUACCUUCGUACUGCUUGCACAGUUGAUUUAGGACGACCCUUGGAAAUUUGUUAUAAGGGAGUUGGCGCACAGUUUCGGGAAGCAGAGGAAGCUAGUCAAAAAGUUGUAUCAGGAGUGAAUGUUAGUAGAACUUUCAUUGGAUCUCUUAUUGCCACCAUAGUCCUACUCUUCAUAGGGCCAUGGAGCGACUGCAGUGGUCGUCGGAAACCACUGCUCAUAUUACCUCUAAUUGGUAUGAGCGUGAUGACGACAGGAAUUUUAUUAAUGCUCAUAUUCCCAGGAGCAUCUACUGUUCAAGUAUUAUAUGUUGUUCAACUGCCUAUGUCAUUAGGAGGUAAUUUUGGAUUGCUAUUAGCAGCAGCUUUUAGUCAUAUAGGUGAUGUGUGCCACGCUACGGGUCGUGACGUCACUCGCACCAUGGGCACCCACCGCGCCGCCAUUCAGAUUUCCCAUGUAGUUGGGGCCCUAUCUGGUCCUCUUCUUUAUCGAUACCUUGGAUUCUUCGGUGUGUUUCCACUUGUUUUAUUUCUACAGCUGUCGUCGCUUGUCUAUGUUAUAUUAGUUGUGAAAGACGUCAAUGUAAAUACAGAUAACAAAGUGUCUGUGUUCAACUGGAGGCUGCCACUGAAUGCUGUUCAAUGCUUGAUAAGGGCCAGGGACGAUAACAAACGGGUUAUCAUACUUCUUAUGCUUGUAGUUGCUUUAGGAGACAGGAUGUUACUCUCUGCUGAAGUCCUGAUAGCGUACAUGUACUAUAGGUAUAAGUUUCAUUGGGAUGACGUCAUGUUCGGGUCGUUCCUAGCCUAUAGGAAUAUUAUUAGUUUUAUCGGAACGCUGUUAAUAUUAUCUGUACUAAAGCGGCGACUUCGCCUAAGUGAUGAAACAGUGGGUAUGAUGAGCUGCGUGUCAUAUAUGAUCGCUACAUCUGGGCUCAUAGCUGCUGCUACGACGUUAUGUGUAUUUAUAUUACCUUUGGUGGGCAUAAUAUCACAAGGCUCACAAGUGGUGCAAAGACCUAUACUGAACAAGCAAAUACAACAGAAUGAACAAGGUAAAAUUUACAGCGUUCUGGGUGCCUUGGAAUCCGCAAUGCAGACAAUGUCAUCCCCUCUGUACUCUUUGCUAUAUACAAGGACUGUUUCGCAUAUGCCUGAUGCUUGGUUAUUGCCAGGAAUAGCGUUAGCUUGUUUCCAAUUACUUGCUUACUUUAUAACAAAAAAGUUAACUCUAAGAACCGUCACAAAUAACAACGUUGACAACGAGAAAAAUGUCGAAGCAAAAACUAAACCAGAAUCUAAAGUACCUGGCGAAUAA